AUGGCUUCCUCCGACGUGAACCCUCUCAUUUCGAACCAAAAGUCCUCGGAGCUCCAGGCAAUCCUCCACCCUCUGGUCCUCCUCACCAUAUCCGACUACAUCACCCGCCAUACUCUGCGGUCGCAGCAAGGACCCAUUGUCGGCGCCCUUCUCGGCCAGCAGAAUGGUCGCGAGAUUACUGUUGAACAUGCGUUUGAUUGUCACACGAUACCGGCACCUGAGGUGGAAGGAGGUUACCUUCUGGACUCCGGGCGCUUCGGCGCAAGACUAGAGCAGAUACACAAGGACCGAAGCCUAGACCUGGUCGGCUGGUACACUCUACUCGCAGUGACAGGCCCGACACCGACCAUCCUCCCGAUCCACCACCAGCUCCUCUCCGAAUUCAACGAGUCGGCUCUCCUCCUUGGCUUCCACCCUGAGGAAGUCUUUACUCAUUCCGUGGGCGGCAAGCUGCCCAUGACCAUCUAUGAGUCCAACUAUGAGGUAGACGACCCGAGGGCUGCCGAGGCUGAGGGCGAGGACAAGAAGAUGGAUGACGGAGAAUCAAAGCUCAAGCUACGCUUCCGCGAGCUGCCAUACACGGUAGAGACGGGCGAGGCUGAGAUGAUCAGCAUGGACCAUGUUGCGCGCGGUGCCGGCAACGCGACCGCCGUCGAAGCUCCCAAGGAGACCGCGAAGCCCAAGGUUCAGCUCGUUGAGUCGGGCGGCAAGCGUCGCGUCGUCGUUGCCGACAGCGCAGACGGCGACGAUACAGAGGCCCAGCUGUCUCCUGAAGAGGAAGAGAUGGUGGCCGCCCUCACGGCCAAGGCGAACGCCGUCAAGAUGCUUCAGGGCCGCAUCCGCCUCAUCACAACCUACCUCGAGCGCCUGCCGGCCGAACCCCUUGCCGGGGCGGACCAAGCCGACGCCGCAUCCGCCACCACAGGUGCACAAACUACACCAUCUCACACCAUCCUCCGCCAGAUUCAAGCCCUCGUGAACCGGCUGGAUCUCGUUGUUCCCUCUGACGCGGAGGGCUUCGAAAAGGAGGUACUCUGCGAGGAGAACGAGGUCGCCAUCACGUCACGUCUCAACGACCUCAUGCAGAGUAUCAGUGGCAUGCGCGACCUGGGCAAGAAGUUCAGCAUCGCCGAGUCCGCACGUGUCAGGAACCGCGGCGGUGCGGCGGCGGCCGACUUCUCCAGCUACGGCCCUUCCGGCUUCAACCUCCCGGGCGCGGGAGACAUUAUGAUGUAG